CCCCUAGGUAUUCUCAUCUAAACAGUGAUCGACAGUGUUUCUGUUCUUCGCUGCUUUUCUUGUCCUAUAGUGUCUUAUCUGUCGAACAUUGACGACCCAUUUGAUGUACUCUCUGAGAGAAAGAUUGCUUCUGGUGGAUGGGAUGGGCGUUUUGUCAUUUCUUUUCCUAUCUUCUUCAUUUUCCUUUUCAUUUUCUUUCCCUUUUCUUCGUUCUUCAUUACUAUAUCGUGCAUCGCAUAUCUAUUCACUGCCUUUUCUUCUACCCAUCUAUUCAUCUAUCUUGUUCCAUGUAACCCGCAGCUUCAUCCACACCACGUCUGUUUGUUUGGUAUUAAAUGGCCAUGGCGUUCUUGAAUUUUUUUUAACACUAUUUCCUGUGUCUUAUGUUUUCUCGAUUGAACCAGCCACAAUACAUUCGCACUGAAGUUAUAGAACCCUAGAUAGUUGAGCGACAAACAGCUGACUGGUCAUACAUAGUGGUG